AUGUUCCUGUGUGCCGCUGGUAAGAUGGCGCUGGCAUCGCCCUUUCCGUACCUUCACGACUCGAUAUGCAUCCUGCUUCCCUUAGCCGUCUUGGCGAGUACGCAGCCAGACGUUUCGACCGGAAGGCAUUCGCACGGUUCGGAAGUUGGGAGUUUGGGGCUUGCUGUGCCCUCCGGGAAGCGGCAUCUCGAGGGUGUAGUUCAGGGCUUCCAUAUGUUCAUAGUCAGGGGUAGGUAUUGGCCACACCAAAAAGUUGAAGUAGUCCUUCAAAAGCAUCAUCAUCUCUACCGAUUACAUAACCCGAUACCAAAAACAAAACAGAAGGACAAAAAACGAACAACUGUUCAACGCUCUAUUCCUGCAGGGGGAUUCGAACUAGAGCGCCCGCCAGGUGUGCAGAGCUCCUGCUUGCACGGGUAUGUUUUUGUGCUCCUAAAUCAGCCGAUUGAGCCACGCACUCAUAUACCGACUGUCUGCUGGCAGUACUUUCCUUCCUGGAUUACAAGUAUGGUCGUUUCUCUGUGGUUGGGAAGGGGGUGA